GAGCAGCCAUUACAUGUGUAUGCAUAGCUUACAUUACGCAUACCGCAUGUGUACUUGUACAUGUACAUGUACAAUUUGUACAUGUAGUGUAUGCAUUAUGUAUACAAAAUUCACAAUGCAUAGCGCCGCGCUAGCUUUUGCACAACACAAUCGUAAAAGAUAACUCGAAGCAGCGGCAGAGUCUAAAAAUCCAAUCGCAACAUCAUCCGAAAUGGCCGCAGACAAUCGAAAUAACUCGCACGUCAGCAACUACGAGUUGAUGGAGACCAUUCGCAAGUACGAAGCGAUCUACAACUCGACCGGGGAGUACCACAAAAAUGGCAAAAUGCUGAAGAAGGACGCUUGGGCGGCGGUGGCGGACGAGCUGAACAUCGACAUCGCGGAGGCGCAGAACAGAUACGGCAACAUACGGACUGUGUUCUCGCGGUAUCUCAAGACGAUCAGGCGGCAACAGACAGGAGGGGGCGGGCCCGGGACAUACAGACUUGGGGAGGACGUCCCCAUCAAAGAUGGUUUUGAAUAUCUGAGAUGGCUGAUCGCUCACAUUAAGCCAAGAAACUGCGUAGGGGAACAAGAACCCCUAGAAUCUGAUGAGGGAGAAGACACGGCUACGUGGUCUGGUGUCUUGAUCACAGAUGGAUUUGAAGAUUCAGUAUCUGGCCAUGCCGAGGGGAAUAGCAUCAUCCAAGCAAUGAGCCUCGCUCCAAGUCCAAGCCACGCGGCCCCCAGGGCAACAAAGCGCACUUUUCACUCCUCCCCGUCAUCGAUGAAGAAAUACGUGAAGUCAAAGGCCAAGCGUCCCAUGCUGGCGGCCGUGAACUCACCCAGGAGAGUCGCGGAUGAAAACAGAGGCAGUUCAAACACUCACGAUGAAGACAUGAUGUUCUGUAUGAGUCUGGUGCCUAAGAUGCGCAGACUGCCGGAGCGGUACAAAACCGCAGCCCAACUCCGGAUUCUGCAGGUCGUCUGCGACUUUGAGAGUGCGGACAGUGUGCCCAUGUCGCAGUUGUCUGCGCAGACGGCCGUUGUUUUUCCAAGCCAGGGCGGGACUUGGCAACCGCAAGGGGUUGCAAUCACACAGGGUUCGGAUACCCAACCUUCAUCUCUUCAGCAGUGAUGGACCACAUGCAACUCAAGUCAAACAGAUGUGCCCCUCCCCCCCCUGCAACCCCAACCUGCCCCCCAACCCACACACACAAGUGUUGGGGAAUUGGGGACUCUAUUGUCCUCUAUUUCUCAAUAUACAAAUAUUGAGUGGCUCAGCUUGGGAUGGGAG